GCUUCCGCCACCACCGCUCUCCUCUCUCCCUCUCUCUCUCUCUUCUCGCCGUCUCGCGGCCUAGCGGCGCGUCCGCCUGCCUCCUCGCGACACCGCCCGUUCCGUUGGAGGGUGGCGGGCGACCCGCGAGGGGGAGAGGAUGGCCUCCGAGGACGGCAGCGGCGGGAACUCGCCGGGGCAGGCGGCGCCCGCGCCGCCGGAGUGGAACCCCGCCCCCGCCGCCGGAUCUGGCUGCGGUGAUGUGGAGGAGGACCCCCAAUUCCAGUGCUGCGUCUGCCUGGAUCUUCUGUACAAACCAGUUGUUAUCGCAUGUGGACAUAUGUCAUGUUUCUGGUGCGUCCACAAAGCUAUGCAUGUCAUCAGGGAGUCCCACUGUGCUGUCUGCAGGCAGCCUUAUAAACAUUUUCCUAGUAUCUGUCAACUCCUCCAUCACUUGCUUAUAAAGCUUGAACCUGUGGAAUACAAGAGAAGGGAGAAAGAGGUACUAGAGGAUGAGAAGCGCGUGGAUACAUACUCUCCGCAAAUCAUUGAGUUUUUGAACUUCAGAAGCAAUAAUUGUGAAAUUGAUGGGGAGAAUAGACCUGAAGAAAGUAAUAGUCAAUCCUCUGCCGAGCAUCUGAAGAAAGUUAAGCUGGAGGACGUGUCAUGUGCUCUUUGUAAGGAGUUGCUGUAUCAACCUGCUGUUCUUAAUUGUGGUCAUGUGUACUGCAUGUCCUGUUUGUCGUCCUUGGAUGAUGGUGCACUUGAAUGCAAAGUUUGUGGAGGUCUUCAUCCAGGAGAUGUUCCUAAUGUUUGCUUGGAUUUAGACCAUUUUAUUGAAGAAUAUUUUCCAGUAGAAUAUGACUUAAAACGAGAGAAGAUUCAGCUUUUGAAGGGUGAAUGCAAUAUUAAAGGAUCAUCUUCAGGUACUUCAUCCACAAAAGAAGGCGGGGGUAGAGCAUCAAAAAAGGAAAAUUUUGCGCUGAAGGAUGAUGACUUGUCUGAUGUUCAUAUUGGGGUUGGAUGUGACUCAUGCGGGGUGUAUCCAAUACGAGGGAAGAGGUACAGGUGUAAGGACUGCACCGAGUUAAUUGGAUUUGACCUCUGCGAAGAAUGCUACAAUACAAAGUCAAAACUUCCAGGCCGGUUUAAUCAGCAUCAUACCCCUGACCACAGGAUGGAACUUGAUAACUCGGCACUCUUACAUAGGAUCAUGAGGCUACAAGGGAUACACGAGGAAGGUCCAGGAGGGGUAAUCAUAGGAGAGUUUGUUGCUCCCGGCGCUGUGGUGCAUGUAAUACCAGACGAUCUUGAGGAAUUGGAGGAUAUGGGCGAGGAAGAUCAGUUGCUCUAGAAACGAAGCAGUUGUAUUAAACCUGAAUUUUGAGCGUUUAUACCUAACCUUAAUGCUGAGGAUGCUACACGAAUGAAGGGGUACUGUAUGUAUUAGAUGGAUUGAACAAAGCUUUUAAGGGUCUAACGCUCAUAGCCCCUUCAAUCUAAGGGCAACAGCAGCAUAUUUCUCCUUUUGGAAAUUUGUAUUUAUAUUCUUAUUAAUGGAAUUCCAAAUGAGGAUA